AUGUUCUUCCACGUGGACAUCAAGAACUCGGCAAUGGCCCUCCUCGAAGAUUUUGUCCAUGCACCACUCCCCCAAAUGCAUCGUUGGGCUCAACUCCGACUUCCAUGUGGUCAAAUUGCAUGCACUGCCUGGCAUGAAUCAGAACGGCCACUUGAAAAAUUGCGCAUUGCAUGUCACAUCAAAGUUAUUAUUGAUAGGACUGUCCGCUUCACAGAAGUCCAGUACUUCACACAGGUUGCAAUUGCUACAGAGAAUAUUGGUGAAUGGCUCGAUGCAAAUAUUGCUGUAAUCUCAGUCUUCUCCGCUCCAGAUGCUGACCUUGUUCAGCUUUCAAAUCAAACUGUGCUUCCAUGCAAAUACCUAGGCGAUGAAGGACUCUGUGUUGUUGAUGUCACCUCUAUCAAAUCUGUUGUCACAAUGAUUCCGCACUGUCCUACUCUACCAUCUGGAGUCAUUGAGGAUCACAUUUUUGUUCUUGAGUGUCCUGGACUCGAUAUUUAUCAAUUUGGUGUCGAGCAGGAUCAAGAAGAUGAGGCAGACCAACAGGAAAUGGAAGCUGAGGAGAGGAACUAG